CCCAAAAUUUGUGUUCUGCCUUUGGUGGAAAGGAAAUUGUUGGAGAGCUUAUUUGCAAAGAAAUAAUAAUAAUAAUAUCAGUUGAAGUUUCCAUAAAAAAUACAAAGGAAGAUGGCAUGGCUAAGUAAAUAUGCAUGUUUCAGGUUUUUAAACAAAGCUUUGGGUAAUGUGAGCGAAGUUGAAGAAGCAAAAGGGGUUCUGAGGCUGAUUCCAAUUUGGUCUUAAUGUUUAGUAUUUGGAAUUGUGUUUGCACAGGCAUUCACCUUCUUUAUGACCAUGGACAGGAGGCUAAGCUCAGGCAUUGAGGUACCAGCUGCUGCACUUCAAUCUUUCAUCAACCUCUCUGUUGUCAUUUGGAUUCCCAUGUAUGACCAGGUUCUGACACCAAUUGCAAGAAGUUUGUCUGGGAAUCCAGCUGGCAUAACAAUGCUACAGAGGAUUGGAGUUGGCAUAGUUUCUUCUACUGUGUGUAUGGCAGUUGCUGCGACAGUUGAGAGGAAAUGUCAAGAAUAUGGGCUUGUGGAUAUGCCAAAAGAAACUGUUCCAAUGAGUGUAUGUUGGUUGAUACCUCAAUAUCUGUUGUUUGGAGUUGCAGACGAAGUUUUCACUAUACAAGAGUUUUUCUACGAUCAGGUGCCCAGUGACUUGAGAAGCAUCGGACUUGCUCUGUACCUCAGCAUAUUUGGUGUGGGGAGCUUUUUGAGUAGUUUUGUGAUAAUUAUAAUUGAGGAAAAUCAAGACAGUUGGUUCUCUGAUAACUUGAACCGGGCUCAUCUUGACUACUACUAUUGGUUACUUGCUGGCCUCAGUGUGGUGGCAUUCAUGGCCUACCUAUAUUUUGCUAAAUCAUAUUUUUACAUGCAACAGGUCAAAUUUUAGGUAGUCGUUGAUAAU